CAAGAGCUUCACUGCCUCACCCGCCCGCUGACAGUAAUUGGCGUUAUGCAGCAGGGCACGGGUCGGCCCAAAUCGCCGCUGGCACUGAAACCGGCGAUCUCCUUGAGUUGGACCCUGGAUCGACUGGUGGAGUGCUCACAGGCUGAGCUGCUUUCUCAGCUGCGGGAGUUGAAAGUGCAGCGUUGGGAGCGUGGUGCCGCUACAUCGUGGCAUCCAGUUCUCAACCGCUUUGACACCAUUUUAGCAGCCUACGCAGAUCCAGUGCAACGUGCUGCAGAGGGAGCUCCAAGUGAAGAGCUUGUCUGUGAGGUAUUGCGCGUUCUGCAUGAUGUGGUGUUCAUUCAUCAGGAGCUCAAAGGUGCUGUUGAUCGACUCAGGGAGCUUUUGCAAUGCUCCGAGCUGAAGGUGCUCCUUGGGGCACUGAAAUGCUUGGCUGCAUGCCCACAUAGCCGACAAGCAAGCCCUAUGGGGAUUGAGCGGCGCUUGGAGGUCCUGGCCUGUGCUGGCGCGCCGAGUGUGCUGGGCAGCCUGGGCUUCCGCGAUGCCUGCAGUAUUGUUGACUAUGAUGUUGGGGACUUCUCUUUUGAAAUACCUGGAAGUGCUGGCACCAAUCCUUCAGAGCCUUCAGUGCUGAAGGCCAUCGCCCUUAGGUUGGAGGUUCCUGUGGACUCGGCCGUGGAGGACGUUGAAGCAGUCGUUGGUCAAUACGAGGUCAUGCGUCCCCUUCCCGAACUUGCUGACAUACUCCAUGGAAAAGCCGUGCUUCCCGCUUGUGUUCCCUGUGACCCA